UUUAACUUCUGCUUUGUUUUCAGCAUUUUCUAAAACAAAUCCAAAGAUGGUGAUGGUCAUUGCAGUCUUCGGUGCCACCGGCACGCUGGGAAACUCAGUGGCCCGCGCCCUACUCCAAGAUUCCUACAACUUCCAAGUCCGCGCCGUCACUCGCGAUCCUAACAAACCUGAGGCGAUCGCCCUGGCUGACAAAGGAGCCGUAGUCAUCAAAGCCGAUAUGAACGACCGGGAGAGUCUGGUGCCGGCAUUGAAGGGGGCUCACGGCUGCUUUGUAGCAACCAACCUGCCGCUCUCAGACCCAAUGUGCCAACAGCUUGAGUAUCAGCAGGGAGAAUGCGUAGCCGAUGUGUGCAUGGCAAUGAAGGUUUCGCACGUCGUCCUCAAUGCUCAGAACCACGUCAGCAAAGUAAUAGGCGUCAAAGCCAGACACUAUGACGCCAAGGCCUGCAUCAAUGACUACAUGAAUGAGAGAGAGCUGCCACUGACCAGCAUCAUCCUGCCGUUUGCCUACGAGAAUUUCCUGGGCGACUUCAAACCGAAACUACUUCAGCAGCAUGAUUAUUCCAUCAGUAUCCCUAUGGGCGAUCUGUCUUUGAACAUGCUGAGCAUCAAGCAGGUCGGGGAGGCAGUCCGUUACAUCUUCAGCAACAGGACCAGCACGGUGGGCAAGACCUUCUCCCUAGUGGGGGACAAGCUGACGGUCAGAGAGAUUGCCUCCGUCCUGACCAAUCAUUUAAGACCAAACGUGGUCCGAGAUGCAAAGGUUACACUACCGGAAUUCCACAGACAAAACAGUUCAAAGGCUGGCAACGAUGACGUCACCAACAUGUUUGACUUCCUGCACAGGGUGACCCAGCGGUUCAGCAUGGAGACUACCAGAAAACUCAUCCCAGACCUCAUGACCUUUGACCAAUGGGUGGCCCAAAACAGAGAAACUAUCCUCAAACUUAUCCUCAACAAUAGCUCAUGAAAGAAAGAACAGCAAGAUGUUCUCAUGAUGUCUUAUUGUAUGCUUAAUAUGCAUUUCUAUUUUUACUGUUUUUGAGAUCAUGUGAUAUUUUGAAAACCAAAAUUCUUAGAGGCUGAUAGGAUCAUUAGCAAAUAUUCAAAAACGAAACUGCCAAAGUAUUAUGAAGUAGCCCACUUGAUUAUUAGUGAAUAAUAGGAUGAGCCUGGUAGGCUGUCAUUCUCAAGAAAAGAGAAAUUUUGUAUCAAUGGUUAGGACCUAACGC